AUGUGGUGCAGUGUAACAAAGGUUUGGGUUAUCCUGAUCUUAGGACUAUUCAUAGGAUCAAACGAUUUGAAUGACAAAGGAUCUAGAGAAAACCCCAGUUGCCCAACAUGUAUCGAAGCGAAACCUUUAAACUUGAAGCAUAGCCCUUUGAGCAGAGUGAAAUCCAGAAAAAGCAGUAAACCAAUAGCAAUUCUUCUAGCUUUCAACACUUUGAGUCCCUCAAGCAAGGGUGAUCGUGAAAAUAGUGAAGAGAGCUUCGAAAUAUUAGGGAAGACUCCAAUCCGGGCUAGCCAUAGCUUAGAAAAACUUCUUCGUCCACUAAUUGACAAUGGUGAUUUAGAAUCUACUAGUUCCGAAGAGACAAUCGAGGAUAGUUGGCGUUGUAAAAAAGACGAACUAAUCAACAUUCUUCGAAGUGUUUUGAAGAAGAAGGAGGAAGUUUUGAAAAACAAGCAUGGAGUUAUUCAUGGUGUUCUUAGUGAUGAAGAGUGUUCCGAAGAGAUUUCAUCACCACUUCUAGGUAAACCAGAAAUCGAAGACCUACUACCAAAUCUCAAUCCUGAAGAAGCGAAAACUAAAACUUUACAUUGUAUUAAAAAUAUAAUCGCGGAAGUGACAGAAAAAGGGCAUGAAUCUCUCGGUGAGAUUGUGAAGAGGUUAUUUGGUGACUUGUUAAAAGAUUUAGCGGCUCCAUUCGGUGAUAUUUCUAAAAAACUAGAAGUUUUCAAACCCAUAAUAGAAAAAAUCGAAAGUGAGAUUAUAAAGAGCAUCAAAGAAAUUUUAGAAAAGUUGUCCGAGGGUGCAUCAAGCAAGUUGCAGGAUAUUGUCAAGGAUAUAAUCAAAAAGCUCAUAAAAACUGUUAUUGAACUUUUGUCGCCUAAAAAUGAGCUAGAGUCAUCGGAUUCCAAAUCAACGUCAAUACCCGAUGCAUUGAAAUCAAUCGUGGACAAAAUAUUUGAUGACUUAUCUAAUGAUAAAGGUGGAAGUUCGCAUGCAAAACUAACGAGCCUUGCUGAAAUAAUCAAGAAGUUAACAGAAAUUCCAGAAAAAAUUGAGGAGAAACUCAUUCAGUGUUUGCAGAAAAUUUUCAAAAAUUACGAUCAUACUAGUGACCUCCCAUCCGUUGAUUCUGUUAAGAGAGUUGUUGUGGAUUUAAUAAAAGACUUAUUGUGGCCGGAUAAAAAAAUACCAACGAACAUAUUGGAUCUACUGAAGCCCAUCAUCAAAAAGAUCACUGGCAAUGUUCAUAAUGCCGUCCGCAGAAUUGCCGAAAGUAUAUCUGAAAAUGGAGCACAGGAUUUACAUGAUCUCGUGAAGGAAGUAAUAAAGGAUCUUGUAAAGGAUGUGAUCAAAUCAAUAAUCGCAAACCAUGAAGAAGACGAAUCACAUAUCGACACUUCUUUUGAGGAUCUACUAUCGCCUUCGCCUCUUCCCGAAAUAGUUUCACCUGCAGUUGAUAAAAUCCUAGAGAAACUUUUGCCUGGGGAUCAUGACACUAGUACUCCGUGUGAACGUAUCAGUCGGGAAGGCAUCAGUAAACAUCGACAUCGUAAGCCUGUUAUUUUUAAACCCCCAAGCCCUUUACAUGACAUUGGAAAAAAGGUUCUCGUUGGCCUCAAAGACGUUCUUGAAAAGACCAAAACGCAUAGUAAAGCAGAUUUAGAGGAGGCUGUGAAAGCUACAAUGACGAAAAUCGGAGAAGAUCUAGUAAUUACACAUCACCUGAAAGUUGGUAGUGCCAAAGACAUAUUCAAACCAUUCACCGAAAAAGUUAAUGAAAAAGUUCUGGAAUGUAUUAAAACCAUAUUGUCGAAAAUUGCUAAGGGUGGUGCCGCAGAAAUAGGCGAAGAUUUAAAAUCUCCGAUUGAAGAAUUACUCAAGCACGUGGUAGAACUAUUCGCACCAUCUUCAACUUCCGAGAAAAUACCCGAGGAUUUGCUGGCAAUGAUGAAUGAUAUAGUCGAAAAAUUCGUUAAGAAAGGAGUAAAAUCCGAAAAGCCAAGUCUUGAAACGAUUCUUCAGAAAAUUAAUCCUUUUGGCGAUCAAACACAUGAGAAAAUCUUUGAACCUGUGAAACAAAUUCUGGAAAAAAUUGCCAAGAAGAACACCGAAAAUAUAGAACAGGCUGUGAAAGAUAUUGUUGAGAAGCUCAUCAAAGAUAUCAUAACCCCAGAUAAAUCUACACCUGAUCAUCUUCAAAAAAUGAUGGAGCCAAUUAUCAAGAAGGUAACUGACAAGAUUAUUAAUAGUGCAAAGGCAAUGAUGGAGGAACUGGCUAAGAAAACAUCAGGUAAUCCAGAGGAUUUCAUCAAAAAUGCCAUAAAAAAUCUACUUAAAGAUAUUAUAGAAUCUAUUCCAAAACCAAAGAUUCCGACUAUAGGUGACAUUCUUGAAAAGGUGUCUCCAAACGCUGAUCAUAUAGAAAGCAAAAUUCUAAAUUCAAUAAAGCAACUGUCAAGUAAUAUGGGUGCACAUGGCUUGGAAAAUAUGCCCAAUGCAGUGAAAAAUAUCGUAGAAGAAUUCAUUACGAAUGUCGCAUCCGAAGAAAAGUCUAAACUUGAGGACUUUAAAGAAAAAAUGGAGCCAAUAGUUAACAAAUUCGUCCCGAAAAUAUUGGACGUCGUUUACCGACUGAUAGAAGAACAUGCCAAAGGUGAUGCUGGAAGCCCUGAAGAUUUCAUCAAACAUAUAAUUGACGAUCUGAAACGGGAAGUACUUUUGUCUAUUGGAGCAAAAUUACUAAAACCGAUACCACAAUUUGGUGAAAUCCUUGAAAAAAUAAUUCCAGCUGGUGAUAAAACAGAGAACAAAAUAUUUGACACCAUCAAGGAUGUUUUGAAAAAAAUUGCUGAUGGAGGCUUGGAAAACAUAAAAGAUACUGUAAAGAAUAUCGUCGAGAAACUUAUCAAAAAUAUCAUAUCACCAGAUAAAUCUACACCUGAUCAUCUUCAAAAAAUGAUGGAGCCAAUUGUCAAAAAGGUGACUGAAAAGAUUAUCAGCAGCGCACAGGCAAUGAUGGAGGCAUUGGCUAAGAAAACAUCGGGCAAUCCGGAGGACUUCAUAAAAAAUGCCAUAAAAAAUCUACUUAAAGAUAUUAUAGAAUCUAUUCCAAAGCCAAAGAUUCCGACUAUCGGUGACGUUCUUGAAAAAAUGUCUCCAAGUGGAGAUCAUAUAGAAAGCAAAAUUCUAAACUCCAUAAAGCAACUUUCGAGUGAUAUGGGUGCACAUGGCUUGGAAAAUAUGCACAAUGCAGUGAAGAAUAUCGUCGAAGAAUUCAUUACGAAUAUCGCAUCCAAAGAAAAGUCUAAACUUGAGGACUUUAAAGAAAAAAUGGAGCCAUUAGUUAACAAGUUCGUCCCGAAAAUAUUGGACGUUGUUUACCGACUGAUAGAAGAACAUGCCAAAGGUGAUGCUGGCAGCCCUGAAGAUUUCAUCAAACAUAUAAUUGACGAUCUGAAACGGGAAGUACUUUUGUCUAUUGGAGCAAAAUUAGUGAAACCCAUACCACAGUUUAGUGAAAUCCUUGAAAAAAUAAUUCCAGCUGGUGAUAAAAUAGAGAACAAAAUAAUUGACGCCAUCAAGGAUAUUUUGAAAAAAAUUGCUGAUGGAGGCUUGGAAAACAUAAAGGGGACUGCAAAGGAUAUCGUUGAGAAACUUAUAAAAGAUAUCAUAUCACCAGAUAAAUCUACCCCUGAUCAUCUUCAAAAAAUGAUGGAGCCAAUUAUCAAGAAGGUAACUGACAAGAUUAUCAGCAGCGCACAGGCAAUGAUUGAGGAACUGGCUAAGAAAACAUUGGCGGCUCCCGAGGAUUUCAUAAAAAAUACCAUAAAAAAUCUACUUAAAGAAAUUAUAGAAUCUAUUCCAAAGAUUCCGACUAUGGGCGAAAUUCUUGAAAAAUUGUCUCCAAGCGGCGAUAAUGUUGAAAGCAAAAUUAUAAAUUCUAUAAAGGAACUUUCAAGUAAUAUCAAGGCACAUGGCGUAGAGAAUGUGGACAACGCUGUUAAGAAUAUCAUAGAAGAAUUCAUAAAAAAUAUAGUAUCCCCAGAACAGUCUAAACUUGAGGAAUUCCGAGCGAAGAUAGAACCAAUAGUAAACAAAUUUCUCCCCAAAAUCUUGGACGUUGUUUACCGGCUAAUAGAAGAACAUGGUAAGGGUGACACUGCAAAUCCCGAGGAUUUCAUGAAACAUAUAAUCGAUGAUCUAAAACGAGAAGUCAUUGAGUCCAUUGGAGCGAAACUACUUUCACCGAUACCAAGCUUCGGUAAAAUCCUCGAAAAAAUUGUUCCAAUUGAUGAUGAGAUGAAGGACAAAGUAAUUCAGACUAUCAAGGAUAUUUGGAAGAAAAUUGUGGAUGGAGGGAUGGAAAAUUUGAAAGACACGGUUAAGAAUAUAGUCAAGGAUCUUAUUGAAAGUGUCAUACCAUCUGAUAAAUUAAAAUCAGAGGACUUCAUCAAGCUUGGAGAGAAAGUUAUUAAGGACAUUAGUGAAAAAAUCAUGGAAAUUGGUAAAGAAAUCAUUGAAGAAUUCUUAAAAGGUGGACUUAAAGAUUUCGAGAAGACAGUGAAAGAUCUAGUGAAAAGGUCUAGUCAUAAGAAUGGAACUUCUCUGGCAAUUGAGUGUAAAGAGGGAGAACGUUAUGAAAUUCCCGAAGGUUUAGUACCAGAUGAACUCCUCCCAGUGAUAAAUAAAAUUGUUGAAGAAUUAACGAAAAAGGGAUUGCACCGUAAUAAGGAUUUUAUUAAAGAAAUAACCGAUGAUUUGCUCAACAAACUUCUGAAUCACAGUACGGAAAAACCGCCAAUUGAGGAUGAUAUUGAUUCACACUUGGACGAUAGUAUUGAACAAACUCCUCUAACACCAUCUACAACUUCAACUCCUACAAAUGAAAAAGCCAGCGAUGCCGAUCACUUGGACGAUAGUAUAGAACAAAUGCCUCCAGCAUCAUCUACAACUGCAGCUCCUCUAAAUAAUAAUUCCAAUGACUCUGACCACUUGGACGAUAGUAUUGAAAAAGCACCUCCGGCAUCAUCUACAAUUACAGCUCCUGCAAACGAAGAUCACAAUGACAGCAGCCACUUGGACGAUAGUGUUGAACAACCUUCACCACUAUCUACAACUGCAGCUCCUACAGGAGAAGAAGCUAAUGAUGCCAGUCUGAAUGCUGAACUAGGAGAAGGUGAAUCAAAAGAAGAUGGCAAUACAAGCACUUCAACUGAAAGAAACAACGAUACCAGUUUAAAUGCCGAAUUAGGAGAGGGCGGAUCACAUAGCAGCAAUGAAGAGAAACCUUCAAACGAAGAAAACAAUGAUGGUAGUCUGAAUGCCGAAUUAGGAGAGGGAGGAUCACAUAGUAGCGACGAAAAGAAAGCUUCAAAUGAGGAAAAUAAUGAUGGCAGUUUAAAUGCAGAAUUGGGAGAGGGUGGUUCACACAACAGCGAUGAAAAGAAAGCUUCAAAUGAAAAAAAUAAUGACGCCAGUCUGAAUGCUGAAUUAGGAGAGGGUGAAUCAAAUCAGGAUAAUAAAACAGAAGCAAAUACUCCUUCACCAGGAGCAGAUGAUGGAAGUCUAAACGCAGAAGAAGGAGAGAGUAGUUCCAGUACUUCUCAUGAAAGUGAAAGUUCGUCAUCCGGUGAGAAAAGUGGAGAAGAAUCUGAAGAAGAGGACAAAGAAGCGGAUGACAAAUUUAAAGAGAAAAGUGAAGAAAAGGAAAUUCCUGAAGUUAUCGUAACUCCAACCGAUAGCAAAGAUACCUACAGAGUCACCCUAAAUAUCGACCGUCUUGUCAACAACGAAUUGAAAAAAAUCAAACAAGUUCGUUGUGAAUGUCGAGAAGGACCAAUUGUUAACGAGAGAUGUCCUUUACAUUCCCCAUCCAAAGCAAGUAUUGCACAAGCUAUUAAACAAAAGUUCUUUAGAAAAAUUAUCAAAGCUACUCCAAUUGAUGAGGAAAGAUCCCAAUCCCCUGAAAAUAUUAUUUUGGAUGCAAUUAAGCAAUUUAUCAAGCCUCGAAAGAACUCCUCAAAGCGUCCGGAAAUCACUGAAAAAACUCCUGAAAUCAUACCAUCGAUUGUAGGGGAACCACCCAAACCUCUAGAAAUUUUCACCAAACCUGAACCACUGGAAAUUAUACCAACAAUUGUGAAGACUAUUUCCGAGCCAAUCAUUCCUAAACCUCAAAAGAGCAUUCCAAAGCCUCCGCUUAUAAUUCCCAAACCUGCGCAAGCCAAAGAUUUCGGAAAGAAAGUUCUUGAAGGUAUUCGUAAACUCGCAGAAAAACUUGACAAAGGAGAGAUAACCGAAAAACAAUGCAAUGAUAUAAUUCACAAAAUUGUAAAAAAGGUUAAAGAAAGCAAGGACGUCGGAAAAGAAAUUCUUACGAAAAUUGGGCAAGCCCUUGCCAGCUUAGACCCUAAUAAGGUUAAAGGCAAAGGAGCCGCAAUCAUGAUUAAGAUAUUAUCUCAGCUUACAAAUAAAUUCUUAAGUGACAUCCAUGGUCGAAAGCACGGUCGUCACCAUAGGGUUCCGUUCCUGUCUGGUCAUCAUCAUAAACCCCAUCGAAGACAUGGUUCACUUCGACGUCACAAGCGAGGAAACUACAAUUUUCCAAUUGACACUUUCCAGAAUGAUCAAACAAAUUGUCCAACGUGUCCGAAAUCAAUGCACGCACGGCUCAGUCCGGAUCACAAUUUGAAAAGGCAUCGCAAGGGCAUUUGGGAGCAGUUUUUGCAUGAUUUGAAAAAACCUGAAAAAUUCAGGAUGAUACAUUUACCCAGACACCACACGGACACUCGUGUGAAAAGAAGAGUUCACUGGGGUUGCGGUAGCUGCGGAAGUCAAGGAACAUUUAACGGUAACUUGGAAAAUAACUCUACAGAAAUCCAUGGGGUGGAGAAAGUGAGCGCAAGAUUAACACGAGAUGAGCAUAGACUAUCGAAUGGCAACCAAGGAUAUGCGAUAGUGCAACAGAGCCUUUAA